UUUACGUGGAUGUUUACAUUCUCUCCGAGUCCGACUUCGGGAAAUUUUUGGUUUCUCUUUCUGUUUUGAUAUUAAUACGGUAUUGAAUUGGCCCAGGGCACAGAUGAUGGCUUCCUUGCAGCACCUGUUCAGGGUUGCUGUUCUCCUCUCCUUCGGCUUCAUCCCAGAGACGCUCGCUUCGCCCGAUGACAGAUGCCAGUUCAUCUUCAAGGAAGAUCAUGUCCUUCAAGUUGCAGAGUCGGAAAACGCCGGAGCCAAAGUGAGAACGGAUCUCCACACCGAAAACAAGAUCAAGUGCGCGGAAGCUUGCUGUGAAUCAGAGGGAGAAUGGUGUACAUUUGCGGUGUAUCAUUUCCAAGCCAACCCAGAAGCAAUGAAUUGUUUUCUUGUCCAGUGUAUACCUGAUGGCAGUCAAGAAGAUGUUUGUUUCACAAAGCACGUUCGACACUCGGACUUCACGGCAAUCGCAGUUAAGCAUCCUACCCCACCAACAACUCCUCCGCCUCCAACCACGCCUACUAAUCCCCCUCCUCCUUCGUCUCCUGUAAGUCAACCUGAAUCAGCUGGCACAUCCACGCCUCCUUCCUCUUCCCCUUCCUCUCCCCCUACCUCUUCGUCAACCUCUUCCCCAACCUCAACCUCUGCUGUGUCUUCUAAACCAACACCGUCUUCCACGGAUGCAAUCCCCACUAAUGACUCUGCGGGAGCCCUUGAUGACCUGAACGGUGCCCUCAACUCAUCAUCACUAACAUCACCUCCAUCUAAACCUGCUAUCACAAAUGCACCGCCACUACCACUAACAACUGUGGCAGCAACAGAUAUCCCAACCCCUAAGCCCAAAACAACAGGAAGUCCCAAGGUUCCAAUAACCAAAGCUACAGCUAAACCUGCAACAAAAUCCGGUAUAGCUGACUCCACCCUCAGUCCCAAAUCAUGGACCAGUCCAGUUUCACAAUCAACCAAUCAGAAGCCUCAAAGUAAUACAUCUCAGCCAAUCAAUGCUACUCAAAGUGGCCCGGAAGGAAGCAAUGACCAAGGAGAGGUUAUUCCUGACAACAUCAAUAGAACCACAGUAACACAGACAAGUAUUCUCAUCGUCACCCUGUGUUUUGGUAUCAUAUUCCUGCUGGCGAUGAUUGUAGUGUCGGGGAAAAGAUGGUGCGAGGGCUACCAGAGGAGGAAAUACAGCAAGGUGGACUACCUCAUCAAUGGCUACUACAGCUAGACGUUCAGUACAACUUGACGCAAAGCCGAUUAAUCAAUUAAAUUACCUUCAGGAAUUCCUGUCAGCUAAUUUACCGUUUUGUAGCCGUUUCAUGUACUACUGUCCUGGGAUGUAGUCGAGGCCGGCCUCUAGGCCACAUUUGCCGGCCUUGGCCUCGGCCCGUGUACAAAGUCUAUGGGAGAAAAUAGUCUCCAGCGGCCUCGUGACACUGCAACGUUCGGCAUUGACUACAUCCCUGCUAAUUUCUUUAGAGCAGUCAGAAUAGACAGAAUUAGUCAAAAUUAGCGAAAAUGAGCCUUCAAAAUCAAAUGGCUAGAAAACGGCAUGAAACGGAGAGAAAAUGGCUACACAACGUCAAAUUCCUCACUGAAUACAUCUAUGAUCAGGUAAGUAUUUCACAAAGAUUUAGGUGUGACCGAAAAUCGGUCCCAUUUGCGUGCGGUAUGUGAUACAUCACCGCAUGAGUCAGAUCAUCCUGAGAGGACGUGUACUACUGCAUACUCGUCAAUGAGGUUACGCGUAAAGAUACCGUGGGCGUAUUUGCGUGUAUAAACCUGACGAAGUCUUUUUUUAAAGCGUAAAACGCCUCCUUGAAUUGAGAUAUUAUUUUAAUAUAAACUAAAUUUUGUACAAAAGGUGACUUUGAAAUAUCACCUAUUAUAAAUCUGUGGAUUUACAUUCAUCUAGGGGCAUUGGGAUAGAUUUUGGUCUCAACUUUCAAACUUUCUUUAACACACAUAUUUAUUGCCAUUCAUUAUUUUGUGUGAUUAUCGUACUAAUUUGAAUUUUUAUUCAAAAUUUUAAGUUUUUCGUUAAACUUAUGGGUAAUUGAACAACUCCGUGAUAUGCGCCAAACCUUCUAAACAUGCCAGAUCAGUAGCAGCUUUAUGUGUAUGAAUGUGAAUAUUUUGGUGCAAAUUAGCCACAGGAACGCAUUAAGAUUUAAGGGCGGUAUUCAAUUUAGGGCACUGAUUGACUAAGUAAAUUACUUAACAUGUUACUUGGCUAAGCAAAAUCAUUGCACUCCUAAUCAGAUCACUUUGAAGCAUUUUACCCCCUCAAGCAAAAUCUAAGAAAAAUACUUAAAGGACAAGUCCACCCCAACAAAAAGUUGAUUUG